AAGGAUUGAAGCCACCAGAUGAAAAAUAUCCAAAACUUGAGUCUUCAUCCAAACAGAACGCUCACUCUUGACUUAGCAGAGUUGUUCAAGAAAGCCAGUAAGAAACAUGUCAGGCUCUCUAGUCUCAAUACAACAAAUUUCUUUGCCAAAUCGUCUCCAACAGCGCCAUCGCCAUUUAAACAAGCCCAAUUCAAGUUGGAGGCAGAAAUCUACAGUAUUCAGAUGUUGUAAGAGGACUCUAGAAAGUGUAAGAACAGAGAAGAAUUACUAUGAGUUGCUUGGAGUUUCUGUUGAUUCAACUGCCCGAGAAAUCAAAGAAGCUUAUAGGAAGUUGCAGAAGAAAUAUCACCCAGAUAUUGCAGGCCAAAAGGGUCAUGAGUACACUUUGAUGCUGAAUAAGGCCUACAAAGUGCUAAUGAGUGACGAUCUCAGAAAAGAGUAUGAUGCUUCUAUUCAUGUGAUACUGAGAGUCGGGUUUGGAACACAUUUAUCUGGUGCGGGUUACAGUUCAUGGAAUGGCCCCUUAAGACCCCAAGCUCUAUUUGUUGAUGAAAAUGCUUGCAUAGGGUGCAGACAAUGUGUGCACCAAGCGAGUAACACAUUUACGAUGGAUGAAGCACAUGGAUGUGCUCGUGUCAAAGUGCAAUAUGGAGAUGACGACAGAAAAAUAGAGGUUUCGGUUGAGUCAUGCCCUGUGAAUUGCAUCCAUUGGGUGGACAGUGAAGAAGUGGCAGUGCUCGAGUUUUUGACAAAACCUCAACCAAAAGAAGGUUAUGGCGUAUUUGGGCAAGGUUGGGAAAGGCCUGCAAAUGUUUUCAUGGCAGCCGAGGCGUUCAACAAGCAGCUUAAAGAGCAGGCUGAACACGAUCAAAGAUAUGCACAAACGACUGUUGAACAAGAAACGCCAGCUCAAGCUGAGGCGCGAGCAAGUGCAAGUAUGAAAUUAAAGAGGGAGAGGUUCUCAAGAAUUUGGAAUUGGGUGAAGGAAAUCUUGGGGAAUUAAGUGGAUUGGAGAAUAUAUUUUCGAAUAAUGAAAUGAAAGACUGCAUCUUUUAUUUGGUCAUAACAUUUCUACAAAAAAAAAACCUAUUAGAGGUCACUAUAGAUAUAUAUAUAUAUAUAUAUAUGGGGGAAGUGCAGAAAACACCCGAAAUAUACUUUUCAUAACACUUUUACCCCCUAUUUAAAAAAGUGUGCAAUAAACAUCCCUAAUCUUUUGACAUUAUGCAAAAAUACCCCUCGGUCAGAAAUCUGACAUAAAUUGGUACUGUAAUACCUGUUUUGCCUUUUUACUUUUCUGAAAAUGCCCAAGGGGAUAUGUAUGUUACUAAUCUCAUACUAUAGGCGUAUUAUGUGCACACUACCUUAAGAAUAUCUAGUAUAAGGGUGUUUUAUGCACUUACCUUAUAAAUUUUUUCAAUUCAAUACCAUUAAUUUUUUUUUAGUUCGACACUGAAAAAUCCUACACUUAAAUACGAAAAUGUUGUCAAAACACCUUCAAUAUAACAUUUAAUUAACACACUUAAUAUUAAAUUAACAUUUAACUUACAAUUUAUUUAUUUAUUUAUUUUGUCUUGACAAUUUGAAUUAAUUCUGUAUUAAACUUGACUCAAAUAAACAAGUGGUCUUUCUCUCUUCUAAAACCCACACAGGUCUCUCUAUAGCUUCAUUUUUCUUUAUUAUGGAUCAUGUCAUUGGCCUCCUCUUUAUCUUCAUAAAAGAAAUCAAUUAGUGCAUCUUCUACCAAAACUAAUGCUAUUAAGAAUAGGAAUUCAACACUCCCUUCUCUAUCUAAAUCUCUCUUUUACCCAUUCCCCUGCUUUUGCAAAUUCUGCACCAAUUGGAAUAUGCCAAGGCCACCAUCCAUCGCCUGCAACCUCCUUGAAUCCAACGGAAUCUCAAGAAUUCAACUAUUUAACGCCAACACCGAAACACUGGUUGCAUUUUCUGGCACCAGAAUCUUGCUCAUGAUCGGAGUCCCCAACGAAGUCCUCUAUGACCUUGCCGGCGGCAAUGUGAGCACCUCGCUGCAAUGGCUUUAAUCUAACAUUUUUCCCACGUAGUCGCUGAUCAAGUCCAAUAUAUUGUCGUGGGGAACAAAAUCUUCCUCAAAGAUCCAUUCUUCACUCCAGUUUUAGUCCCUGCCAUUGUCAACGUAUAACAAACUCUUCAAACACCAGGCUUUGAUAAGAUAAUCAAGCUUUCCUCGACCUAUGCAGCGUCCAUAUUCAGAUCAGUGCCAUCUUCAGCGUUGUUGUCCCGUUCUUCGCUGUCUCAUCACUGUUACCGGAGUAUUCUCUAGUUAUCAUCGGAGCUUCCCUCAUUGUCGGUUAGAAAGAGAGAAGGAGAUCCACAAUAAGGCUGCUGUCACAUGGUCUUUCAUUUUGUGUCCUUUUUUGUCAUUUUACACAAUAAUGUAUUUUUAAUUAAUUUAUAAAAUGUCUCAUGAAGGGCAAUUUAGACAAACUCUAACUUAAAUGUGUUUGAGGGACUUAUUUGCACCAAAUCAAUACUUUGAGGGUGUUUUGUGCACGUGAGGGGUGUGAUAUGCACUGUAAGCAUAGUAUAGGGGUGUUUUCUGCACUUCACCCUAUAUAUAUAUAUAUAUAUAUAUAUAUAUUGUAUAUAGGAUAGAAGAAGAACGCAGAUAUCCUUGUGUUUAGAACAUGGCCUUUUCAAUUGAGAAAUUCAUGUACCCUUGAUAAUCUAAAUGAAGUUACAUUUUCAUAUUAGCACUGAACUAGUCUUAAUUCAGUUACUUCUACAGCAAUGGUUUGUUAUUGCAUCUAAUAUUCUAUGGGGGGAAGUGCAGAAACCGCGUGAAGUAUAUUUUUUGUAACAUUUUUACUCCUUAUUAAAAAAAGUGUGCAAUAAACACCAUCCGAAGAAAAUCUUGGGGAAUUAAGUGGAUUGGAGAAUAUAUUUUCGAAUAAUGAAAUGAAAGACUGCGUCUUUUAUUUGGUCAUAACAUUUCUACAAAAAAAAAAAAAAAAAAAAAAAAAAAAAAAAAAAAAAAAAAAAAAAAAGCCUAUUAGAGGUCACUAUAAAGAUGUAUAUAUAGAUAUAUUGUAUAUAGGAUAGAAGAAGAAGAAGAAGAAUGUAGAUAUCCUUGUGUUUAGAACAUGGCCUUUUCAAUUGAGAAAUUCAUGUACCCUUGAUAAACUAAAUGAAGUUACAUUUUCAUAUUA